CUCCAUUUAAGGAAGGUAGACAUGAUGCUUUUCUGGGCUUCAGGUAACUCAUUUUAGUGGCUCCAUAUUUCUAACAGAAGCAUGGGAAAAAUACACUUUUAUGCACUGUGGUCCUUACACGAAGCACCUCGUCAGUUUAUCAGUAACGUGAACCGCAGCAGCUACCAGCUCCAAAUCCCACUACCUUUACCCAAGCAGCUCAUCGUGUUCAGUCUGGGAGACUGGACCUCAUUUUCUAGCCACACAACAGUAUUAACUGAGGUGUUUGUUAGCCCUGAUGUCAAACCACAGAAAAUUGGGAUUAUUUCGCCACAUUCAAGUUGUUUGGUGUGGGAAGGAGACUGGACAGUGAGCCUUUUAAACGAGUCCACAGUGAAGAGCAGGAGAGGUGCAUAUGCCAAAGUGUUGCUCACUGUCUGUGGAGAGGUGAAAUCCAGCUUUGUUAGCAGUACACCACUGGUGAAAAGGAGACGUCCAGCCCCCAAUCAGUUGAGCAGUUUCUCCCAGACCCUUCUGAGCAGUGCUAGCAACACUAAUAGAUCAUCACCCGAGGACACGGUCAGUUAUGCAGAGCUCAAAACAAGCAAAGAGGAGAUUCAGGAUAUCAGCCUCAGAACUUCAGGUGUUUGGGCUUUGGAUAAAACUCCAAGACGGACUGUUAUAGGAAAGAGAGGAUGCAGUUUGAGAAACGAGGGAUCUGAAACGCAGCAGAGUUCAAGACGAGGUUCCAGCCCUAAGAAGUGCAAACUGGACGUAUAUACUUCACAAAAUGAGGAGAAGGAAGUUGUUAAGAGGACGAGGGAUUGCCGGGCAGAGCAUCCAUCAAAGCGCUGGAACCAUACCAUGUGUUUAUGUGAUCCUGACACUGCUGUUCUGAUCGGUGGAGAGACAGCAGAACAAAACUGCUCAACAGACUCUAUCUGGAAGCUGGAGAUUGAUGGUGAUUUUUGGUUCCCCAUGAAUUCUGCUACAGUUGGGCCUCUCCCUCCCAGCUCUCAAGGCCACUCUGCAGCCUUUGACCCUGAGAAUAAGGUUGUCUAUGUGUAUGGUGGUUUUAGAGAUGGUCAACGCUAUGGUGAUAUUUAUAUGCUGGACACACUGACCUGGAAGUGGAAACUUAUUAAAGCAAAAGGAAAUAUCCCAUCAUUAGCAUACCACAGCUGCAGCAUUUAUAAGAGUGAGCUGUAUGUAUUUGGAGGGUUGCAGCCGAGUCGAGGUCCUGGAGGCAAAGCUUGCAGUAACGCUCUUUACAUCUUCAACCCUGAACAUGAGCUGUGGUACCAACCAAUUGUAGAAGGGGACCGCCCUCUUCCCAGGUUUGGGCACUCCAGCACCCUACUUCCUGACAAACUAGUGAUAUUUGGAGGUCAAAAAUCUGCUGCCUACCUCAACGACCUCUACAUUUUAGAUCUUGGCUUUAUGGAAUACACUGCAGUGAAAUAUGAAAACAUGCCACCCAUUGCCCGUGGGUUUCAUGCUGCUCUGCCCGUGUCUGACAACAGGGUGCUGAUCAGCGGAGGCUGCAGUGCUGUAGGAGCACUACAAGAUCUCCAUCUCUUUAAUAUAGAGACCAGCUGCUGGACAUCAGUGGUAUGUCCAUUGUUUUCCUCAAAGCCUCGUGCUGGACACAGUCUAAUCAGUCUGACCAGCGCUGUGCCUUCACACACUGAAGGGAACCAGGGAGAUGGCCAUCACACCUGCCUCUCCACCCAGUAUACCAUCUUAGUGUUUGGGGGCUCUGAUUGCACUGGCAUGUUUUAUGAUGAUAUGGUCAAAUGCGUCAUUGAAAUCCCUGCUGAAGGACAGCGACUAGAUAUAAAAGCAACUCAAAAGAUCAUAGUGCAUGGCUGAGAAACCCGACUGUUAAGUGAUGCAGAUUUUAUUCUACAAUUAAAACUUUUCUUUUUUCCUUCAGUUAUGAGAGAAAAUGGAACUUCUCAUCAUGAUUGCACUUUUAUUCUUUUUAUUUAUUUUAAAGCCAAUUUUACAGAUUUGAACAGCUGCUUGGCAGCUACUGUUUAAUUUUAUCUAAUACAAAUUGAGAUUUCUAUUUUCAAUAGCAUUCUGUUUUAUAGUUUCAGGGAUUAACGCAACACCCAGUUGUCACUUUUGUCCAAUAAAUAAUUUUCCACGUA